GAAAGGGUCCUCGUGGAUGAAGCCUCAGGAUGCUUUCAUGGGACCCUUUAGCACUACGUUUUUAUGACUUGCUGUUCAAAAUCUAUCUUCUCUUAGGUGUAUGUUCUGCAUUAAAGUUGACCGUUCCUUCCCAUACACUUGAUGGCAUUGAAGGGCAACCGCUCAGACUUCCAGUUAACUACACUUUCAACAUGUCAGCUUCUGAAAUUCAGAUAAUAUGGUUAUUUGAGAAGCCUCCAAACACCAAAUAUCUACUUAGUUCUGUGAAUCAGGAAGUUGUUCCAGACUUAGAAUUUGGAAAGAAAUUUACACUUAUACCUCCAAAUGCAUCUUUGCUAGUAAAACCUUUAGAAAUAAAUGAUGAAGGCAAUUAUAUUGUCAAAAUCAAUAUCCAUGGAAACAGAACAAUAUCGGCAAGUGAAAUUAUUCAAGUUACUGUUCAUGUUCCUGUCACGAAACCACGGAUAUACACUGAACCCUCUUUUGGAGUCGUAGAAAAAAAGGGGAACAUUACUUUAAGAUGUACUGUGGACAAAGGGACGCGGGUUGUUUACCAGUGGAUGAAAAAUGGGAACCCUAUCGAAGCCAGCGCCAACUACUCCUUUUCUGUAAACAAAGAUACACUUUCAAUUGCCCCCGUUGUUAAGGAAGCCAUUGGAAACUACAGUUGUUUAGCAACCAACACAGUCAGUGCCAUGGAGAGUGACGUGAUCACACCAACGAUAUAUUAUGGACCCUAUGGACUUACCAUAAAUACUGACAAAGGCCAGAAAGUCGGGAAGGUGUUUACACUUGAUAAAGGCGAAGCAGUCCAGCUUUACUGCUCUGCAGACUCCAACCCACCAAAUAUUUAUUCCUGGAUCCGGAGAGCAGACAACUCCACACACCCCAUUAAGUACGGAAGAUCGCUGGAAGUUGCAGCUGAAAAAGUGACACAGAAAACAGAAGAAUACACCUGCAGUGCUUACAACAACAUGACUGAAACCCAGGCUGAAACCCAUAUCCUUGUGAUAAUUAUACCAAAAGGACUGGAGCAGCUGGCCCAAAAAGGAAAAUACUUAUCACAUUUAGCAAUAAUAACUGGAAUUUCCUUAUCUUUGAUACUAGCAAUGUGUUUUCUAACAAUUUGGAAAAGAUUUCAACCUCACAAAGCUAUACAGCAGACAUUGCAGAUCAGGCCUGAAGCUGAUUACAGAAGAGCACAAACAAUCUCAGGGCAUGAAAACGCACUAGAUGAUUUUGGAAUAUAUGAAUUUGUUGCAUUUCCAGACCCCGGAGGAAUUUCAAGAAUGUCAAGUCAGUCUGUUUCUGGCUCUGAUGUUAUCCAAGGGCAUGAUUUCCAUGGUACAAUUUAUGAAGUCGUUCGGCAUAUUCCUGAACAGCAACAAGAACACCAAGAGUAA